AUGGCUAUAAUCGGUCCAAUCACAAAUUCGAAAACUCGACGCAGGACUGUUGCGUCAAUUGCUAAGGUUGUACAGAUUCUGAUUGGGGCUCUUUAUAAGUUUCAAUACUGUUCUAUAUACCUAACUCUAGAGCUUUCUAGCUUAUUGCAAAGCAAUAUGAAUAGUCAAGAACGAGCUUCAAAUUCAAAGAUAAGCGGGUUGCAAUUCUUAAAAGCUGACCCCAAGAUGCGCUACUUAGUGGAAGCUAUCGAGAAAAAUCGGGGCGCAAGUAGGAUGAUGGACGAAGAGAUAGUUAGUACUUUAACUGAAAUUAGAAGUUUGGGUUCAAAAUAUGCCGACCCGAAUCUUGUAGGUCGAGCUGAAUUAUAUGAGGCGAUAGAAAGUGUUUUAAACGCCUUGAAAGCAUAUUCAGAGUACUCAUUGCCGUUCCUGAAAAAAGUCUCAUCUAAAGAGGCCCCGGACUAUAAUAAAAUUAUUUUGGCCAACAUGAUCUUUAUUAAACUUAGUAAUCAAACGUCCAAUGGAUCUGAAUCAAGUGACAAAAAACUUCAAGAGUGGACUGUACAAUUCCAAAAAAGAGAUAAUUACUAUAGGAAAUGUGCCAAUGCCAUGAAAAUAAAAACUGAUGAAUUACUCAAGAACGUUCCUGAUAUUGUCAUUAAAACUCGAGAAAAGUAUAACGAGGAAAUGAAAAAGAAAGCGGAAGAGGAAAUGAUGAAGAAGACCGCCGCAGAUGCCGCGGCAAUUGUUGCACAAGUGCAUCAAGAAAUUGCCGCAGAAGAAAAGCCCGAAAUGAAUCAACAACCAUAUCUAAUCCAAGAGCAAGCCUCGACAGAUGCUCUGCAAGAUCCUGUUACUUGUUCUGGUGAAAUUAAUGACGAUGAGUGUGACAGGGAAUUGCAAGAAAUGCUAAAGGGGUUGGACGUCCCUCUUUCAUGGUGGGAUCCAGAAAUAGAUAAUCCCGAUCGUGGCAGAUUGUUUGAUCCUGAGUACUGGAAGGAGCAAGAGACCAAACGGCCAACGCUCGAUCAAUACCCGCAACUUCAAUUCUCGAACCGUGGCACUGCUGCGAUGAUCGAGCAUAAUAUAGAGACGCUUAAGCAAACGCGUCUCCUUCACGCGAAACUGCUAGCGGCAAAACAUAACUUGCCGCUUAGUCAUUUUGGUGUGAAUGAAACUGCGCCAUCUGAAAAAGUAACAAAUUGUCGGACACAAAUAGACCCAAAUAGCUCACCGCCACUCGUGAUGAAUCGCGAAGCUGGGUUUGCAUGCAUGCAACGAGUCGUUUCAUUAACAAUUGAUGAUUAUAUCUUUUCAUUAUGCGUAGGUGGCUCGUCGAUGGCCGUUAAUAUAUUAACUGAAGUAGCCCAGGAUUAUUUAUUAAGUCUAGGAAAGACGAUGAGGGCCUACAGAGAUGAUGUAUUUAACAAAAAAUCACCCGAGGAAAUUAUUAAAAAGACUUUGUAUGAGAAUGGCGCGACAUCCUUUAAAGAUCUUGAAUCAUAUGUUCGAGAUGACAUUGUGCGGUAUGGUAGCAAACUAAAAGAAAUACAACGUCGUUUGGUGAAUGCAUAUAAAGAUUCUUUGAUUCAACCCGAUAAUACGGAGGCUGAAGAAGACUUGCCAGAAAAUGAUGAUGUAUUUAUCACUGGCAAUUUAGGCGAGGGUAUCGAAUUAGGGGACGAUUUCUUUGGAUUAAAAGAACUCGGAUUAGGGAACCUUUCAGUUCCUACUAGGUUGUUGCUUGGAUCUAAUAAAAUUAAGCCCGCUCAGAAAAAGACGCCAGAGCAAAACCAAAGAAAGUCUCGGUAUACUCCUCCUCCACCAUUCGCGCCCAUUGAUCCCGAUAAACAAAUAGGGUUGCUUACAGAGUAUUUCCGCAAUCGAUUGGAAGAUCAAAGUGGUAAAUUAAUUGAUGAUGAGUUUCUGCCACCGAAACAAAGGAAUCAAAGACCAAAGGUUCCCCCCACUGGCAAGAUUCCCCCACAACCUAAGAGACAGCCACCUAAGACUGCGGCGCAGAACGCGGCCGCUCUUGCAGAGAAGAAGCGGAAAAGAGAGAGGGAUGCCGCCAUUGCAGAAGAGAAGGAAAAGGCUAAACGCAUCAGAUUAGAAGAACGCCUAAAAGCUCAACAAGAAAGAGAGGAACAAAAACGUAUAAAGCAAGAACAACGCGAAGCAAAGAAAAAGGCCGAAGCGGAAGAAAAAAGAUUAAAGAAACUUCAAGCGGAAGCCGAAAAGAAAGCUGAACGUGAGAAAAGAACAGCUGAAGCAGCGGCUCAAAGAGCCGAAGCAAGGAAAAUAGCCGAAAAGAAGGAAUCAAAGAAGAAGAAACCCACAACUUCUAAAAUGAAUCGGGCUCCCGCUACCUCUAGUUCACAACAAGUGAGAGGUGGAUCUGCAUCAAGUACAAUGGCUGGAUCAUCAUCAGCUUCGAAGAAAAUUUUAGAUCAAAUUGACGAUAGUGAUUCCGAAGAUGUUCCUCUUGCUGUUAGAAAGAAAACCAGAACUAAAGAAGCGGCAAUCAGUAAUGCGCGUGGUGGUAAUGGGCGCGGUAAUAGCAGACCGCCUAAUAUAAAUUGA